UAAUAAGAAAUUUAAAAACUAAAAAAUCCAGAGAUAUAUUUUAGUGUUACGAAAGUGGGUGGCUACGCUAUCUCGACAUAUAUUAUUAUAGUUCGGUUAUUUUGAAUUUUGAAAGCUUGGAACUUCCACAGUUAUACUUAAAUUACUCACCUUUGUGAUAUACAAUUUUUUUCCAAUUAAGAAAUAUUUCAGAACUUCGUUUUUGGCUAAAUAAAAUGGAUUGCAUAAAAAUACAUAAAUGGCACAGUUUAACUGAAAAAGAAAAAAUAAAUGCUUUAUGUGAAGGCAUUCCUACGGACUGCACCCUUUCUGCAGGUUGUCCGAACUCAUUAGAGUUUUUACGCUGUCAUCAAGUUAUAUUGUCAAAUUGUUCUGAUGUCUUUAAAUGUAUAUUUGAUAAUGAAGGCUUAACCGAUGUUGAAGUUCAUUUGAACUAUGUGGAUGCAAACACUGUUCAGCCGUUCGUUGAUUUCAUUUAUUUCGAAAACAAAGAAGAAUUACGUAGGUACCCUCUUCAUGUUCUUAAAGAAUUGGUUCACCUUGGAGAGCGUUUUAAGAUCAAUGAUCUAGCUAGUAUAUGCUUAACUGUGAUGGACGAAAUUGAAAGCGAAGUAUCUUUGAGAGAUAUCGCUAAUUUCUAUGAAUUCGCAACCAAAGUACGUAAUAAAAAUCUGAUUGAUAUGUAUCAUCGUAAAAAGAAUGAAUGGUUUAGAUACGUCAAAAGGGAAAAAAAUGAUAUAUAUUGUUCUUUGAUAUACGAUAUGAAUCCAGCUUGUUUUAUUGAUUUUAUAAAAAUGUUUGCUAUUAACAAUGUAAGACAUUCUUUUGAAAUGAUACAAUCUUAUAUAAAAAAGAAUUUCAACGGGAAAAAUCAAAAAUUGUGGUUUGAUACAAAAUGUGAAAUAGAGAUUUUUAAAAUCAGCGAAAGUAAUUCUAAAUUUACUGAAGAUAUUUCUAAAACAACCGAAGAUAAUUCCAAAAUUACCGAAGAUAUCUCUAAAUUUACCGAAGAUACUUCUAAAAUUUCCGAAGAUAUUUCUAAAUAUUCCGAAGAUAACUCUAAAGUUAUCGAAGGUUCUCCUAAAAUUGCCAAAUAUAUUUAUAAAAAACCAGAAGAAAAAUCCAAGAAACUAAACAGUGAUCCUAAAAAUCUCAAAGAUAAUUCUAAAGAAUCUAAGAAUGAUGUGAAAAUUCCAAAAGAUGAUUUAAAAAGUACUGUCGAUACUCCUGAAGAAUUGGAGAAGGAUUUAAAAUAUUCUGAGAUUGAUAUAAAAAUUUUAGAAAGAGAUUUAAAAAUUUCUGAAAAUGAUUCUAAAAAAAUUGCAAGUAUCUCUGAAGGAUCCAAAGAUGAUAUAAAGAAUUCAGAAUAUGGAUCUAUAAAUAGCAAAGGUGGUAAUACUGAAGCGUAUCAAGAUAUAAAUUCUGAAUGUACUUCUAUAGAUGCAAAUAUUUCUUACAAAAAUCAAUUUAUUAUAAAUAUGUUAUUAAGUUUGAUUGAUUUCAAACGUAUGACUUUGACUGAUUUUCUAAACGGCCCCAUUGACUCUAAUCUGUUAGAUGCUACUACAAAACUAGAGAUUUUGGCAGAAAUUAUUCCAAAGGAUUGAACGUAUCUACAUUUUUUAAUAUAAUAAAAAAUUUUUUUUAAUGAAUACUCAAUAUCUAAAAACAUUUACAAUAA